GGUUUCCAUGCGCAGACGGAAGUGAAUUCGAACUGAUGGCGCUAAGUUUAGUGCGGUCACUUUCUGCUUAAAAUAAGAAUAAUUUGGAUGCAACACUAUACUAGCACAUACAGUAACUGAGAGUGAACACAAAGAUGAGUUGUGCCAAGGAAGACGUGGCAGGACAGCUACACCAGUGGGCCUUGGAGGAGAUGCAUUUCAGACCCCAGGGAAGACAUGUCAACUCCAAACUCCCCUCUGUUGAUGAUUUCAGAAACAUAUGUCGGGGUCAAAUGGUUGACAUCUGGAAGUUUGUCAUACAACAUGUGUAUUCAGCACAAACUGUGCAGAAAGUUAAAGGAAACCUUGCCCUUAAGCACCAGCAGUUGUCCACCCUGUCGUACAGAGUGAAGUACCAAGGAACAGAGCAGUACUCUAGUGAGAGAGAUGAACUUCUGGAGACCAAGAGAGCACUGACAGCUGAGCUAGCCAGCCUCAAGUCUGAUGUUCAUCAUGUGGAGAGGGAUCUAAGUAAACUGAAGAAGGACAUUCUGGGCACAGAGCAAGCUUAUAGGGAGUCGUGUACAGCACUAGGAGAGUUACGUAGACGCAGUGCGCUACUGAAGGCGCACUCACAGCAGUGCGAGGAGCUGCAUGAUUGUUACCAAGAGUUUGAACGACGCAUGAACGGGAAAAUUGAAAAGUACAAACAGUUGCAGAGCUAUGGACACUGGAGGACAGACUUGCCUCCCAGUAAAGACUUUGUGGAGAGCACAUUUUACAGCAGGAAGAGAGAAGAAGGAGAGAGGGAAGUAACAGCAGUGGAAGGGGCAUGUGCUAAACAUGUGCGUGAAACCUGUGACUCUAUAGGUCAGUUUCUGCAGCAGGUGCUGCAGGGGUCAUUUGGCAAUGACAGAAUCACUCUAGCACAGAGGAAGGACCUCCUGUGGAAAGACAUAGAGAUGGUAUUCUCAGAGUACCCAGUGAAUCAGAUAGUGACCUCCCUGGUCUCCAAUACACAGUAUUGUAUUGUAUCUAACACAUAUUAUAUUAUAUUAUAG